UCAAAAAGUUUUCGCAGAACAGUUGGCAGGCAGACGUUGACUUUGAAACGGUGUUGGCGGUCGGUAAAGAGCGUUAAGUGUAAACAAUUUGAAAAUUGUAAUAAAUAUAGUAAAAAAUAAAAACAAUAAUAAUAAAUAAAAAAUAGUAAAGAAAUUUAAAAAUAUUAAUUAAUUCAAAAUGCCAAAAAUUGAUCCCGAAACCCAAAAACUACAUGAUGAGAUCAAUGGAAUGAUUCAAAAGUUCAAGGACGAUCAAAAGGCCAAAGCUGACUGUACAUGGAAGGAAAAAUGUGGCGAUAUGGGUGAUGUACCCAAACUUCGACUAAGUUCGAAAAAGAUUCUUAAAGGACAUAUAAACAAAGUGAACUCUGUGCACUUUGCUGGCGAUUCUCGACACUGCGUCACUGGUUCGUUGGAUGGAAAAUUAAUCAUUUGGGAUACGUGGACGGCAAACAAAGUGCAGGUUAUACCGCUGCGUUCGGCUUGGGUUAUGACUGUCGCUUUUUCGCCGUCGGGCAACUUCGUCGCAUGCGGGGGUAUGGAUAAUCAGUGCACAGUUUAUGAUGUUAAUAAUCGAGAUGCUUCGGGUGUCGCCAAAAUGACACGAGAACUUUUGGGUUACGAGGGUUUUCUGAGUUCGUGUCGAUUUUUAGAUGAUGGACAUUUGAUAACGGGCUCGGGUGAUAUGAAAAUUUGCCAUUGGGACUUGGAGAAAGGCGUGAAAACAAUGGAUUUUAAUGGACACGCUGGUGAUAUUGCUGGUUUAAGUCUUUCGCCCGAUAUGAAUACGUAUAUAACAGGUUCAGUAGAUAAAACAGCCAAACUGUGGGACGUACGUGAAGAGUCAUACAAGCAAAUGUUCUUCGGUCACGAAAUGGACGUGAAUUCUGUUUGCUAUCAUCCAAGUGGUUUCGGCUUCGCUUCUUGUUCUGAGGAUCAGACAGCGCGUCUUUAUGACAUACGCUCGGAUCAGCAAAUAGCUCAAUAUGAGCCACCCCAGAAGAACACAGGCUUCACUUCGUGCGCUCUAUCAACCAGUGGUCGUUAUCUGUUGUGUUCUGGUAUCGAGGGUAAUAUACAUGCUUGGGAUACAGUUAAAGUCUCACACAAUGCAAUGCUACAAGGGCAUGAGAAUCGCAUCACUUGCAUUGGCCUCUCACCGAAUGGCAUGUGCCUUGCCUCUACUAGCUGGGAUCAACAAGUGCGUCUUUGGCUAUAAAUUCAAUAUAAUAACGGAAUUUUUACUCAAGCGGAAUACAUACGUAAGACAGCCGUGUGAAAUUUUUUUUUCAAAUUAAUAUGUAAAUGCUCAGAAAAUAUCAAAAGUUUGAAAUAAAUACUAUAGAAAAGCGCGUUUAUCAUGUAA